AACGGAAGUUGCUUUUUAUUUACAUAAAGAUAAAAUUGAAUUGACAAAAUUGAAUUCAAUAUUAGGGUUAUAUCGUUAACGAUUGAUUUUAUUUAUCAGAGAUAUUGUACGAAAUUUACUCUUCUAAGAAAGACUAGAGAGAAGAAGAAGAUAACACUCGCCAUGUUUUUAGCACGGGAUUAAAAACUAAAAGCUUGCCAUUACGGUCUCGCAAAUUACGAUAUCACGGUAAUAGAAACAUAGGAAAGGGACCAAGCAAAUAAAAAGGAACAGGAAUGCCUAAAUACCAAAAACUCUGCCAGAACAAUUAAUAAUAAUAAAUAAAAUUAAUUAAUGAUAAUAAAUGGUAGUAUACAAUCUGAAGGAAAGAUAAAGAUAUUCAAAAUAUUUUAUUAAACGGAUAUAGUAAACAUUCAUAUCUACUAUUCUGACGAAUAGAAGUGGAAAGAAAAUACUAAAAAAUUCACCGCUGCAAGAAUAAACAAAACAAGACCUAGAUUAACACUGAAUAUACUUUAUCGAGUAAAAAUAGAGAAACAUCUUAUUAAUUUUUCUCACCGAAGAAGAAGAAAAUAUACAGGGUAUCGAGCGAAAACAAUGAAAAAUCCCACGUUACCUCGUCGUUACCUUCUGCGUCUAAUCCUGACCUACCUUCGCGCGAUUCCGCGUAGAAGCACCGCGAAUUCUAUCAAAUGGAAUACGGUGUGCAUGGCUACGGCCCUGACUGAGUUAAAAGAAGGCAUUCUACCGUGAUAAAUUCACCAUUACGGCGAGUGGGGCGGCAUACAGUCGGAGAAAGUGGCGUUAGUUGAUAUAUACCCAGGCAACGCGGGCCAUCGCACGCAUUUUCAAUAUCGCUCUCGCUAAUUUCAAUCGGUGGAGAUAAAUCACGUCCUCCUGACACCGGCCAGCGACAGGAUGACGUUCUUGAUCGGAUUGUUCCUGAUUGCCAGCUGGACCGGAGCUGCCUUUUCCGAACUACCACCUGGUGUGCAGUCUUGUCCACGAGCGCUCGACCUGCCGCAAUACGACAGAUGCGUGGUGCAGCAAUUGAACGCUAUAACGCCGUACCUGGCCAAGGGAAUCCCGUCUUUGAAGUUGCCAGCCUUAGAUCCUCUAUUCCUACCAUCGUUAACGGUGGAUAGAAACCUGGAUUCGCUGAAGAUCAAGGCGAACAUGAGCCAGAUUCGCGUGUACGGCGCAACGAAUUUCGUUAUUAGCGAUUUGAAGGCCAAUCCGAAUGAUCUGUCGGUUCGUCUCAAAGUUCAGCUGCCCCAUGUCCAUGUGAACGGAGAUUACGAUGUACAAGGAAGAUUGCUGUUACUUCCAUUGAAUGGAGCUGGUAGUUUCAAAGGAAACUUCACUAGCACGGAAGCGCAAGUAACCGCUCAAGGCAAAGAAGUCACCGAUAAGAACGGAAUACAAAGGAUCGAGAUCGAUAAGCUGGUGACAAAGAUUCGCGUAGGAGACGGAAACAUCAGACUAAAAGCACCCCCUAGUCACACUGUAGCUGCUGACGCAGCGGCCACCUUUUUCAACUCGAAUCCACGCUUAGUCCUGGAUAUCGCCAGCCCGAUUAUCGAGGACACAGCCGCGACUGUUAGCAGAGCAUUGGCCGCCAGAGCAUUAGGGGCUCUCACAAAAGAGGAAUUACUUCCCUAGUCCACGUUCGCUACGUUAGGCGAUCCCAUAAGUAAUGGUAGAGUGCGUUUAACGCGUCUCCUGUCUCGUCGACUAUGAACAAUCCAAUAAUUCAUAUUCAUCGAAAUAUGAAUAUUAUUCAACUCGAAAUUAUCAAUUUCAAAUGAUACACGUUUGGCAAAUUAAAUUAUCAAUUGUAUUUAAUACACGCGAAAGGUGUUGUAAAAUGUCAAAUGCUUGAUGUCAGAUUAUGUCAAGUAGCAAGCAUUUGUAUUUUGCAAGGUAUUGUAAUUUUAUACUUGGACGCAUUUGCACAUUUUCUUUGUUAAUAAUCUUAUAAAUAUUUGAAAGCAUAUUCACUGAGCAAAGUUAUUUGUCCAGAUGUAACUUAAAUACUAGAGUUUCUUUUUUCUAAUAAUAAUCUUUCCGAUAUUAUAAAUAUUAGCACGCAUAUACUGCAUAAUUUCUUAAGUCCUAUAAACGUUUCUUUCUGGUUCAAUGAACAUUUUUGCAACGUUCUGGAAUAUCACGAACAAAAUUGUCGAUUUCGAUAUGGAAAAUCAGGUCCGACAGGAAACGUGAAAAACAGAGAAUUUUUUAAAUUGUAAGUACGUACUUAGAUCGUUUUUAUACUGCAUAUUAGAUAUAGCUUGAUGUGAUUAACUAUAGCAAGUAACGAAUGGUAGUUUGUUGUCGUCAUAGCCUAGAUCGAAAAUAGCAUUUUUAAACAACCAAAAAGGAGAAAGAUAUUUUUAAUUUUGAACAUUAUACUUUAAAUAACUGAAUAUACGUUAUUUUUAUUAUUGUAAAAUCUUAAUUAAUUCGUCGUUAUUUGUUAUAAAAUACGAUUACAAUGAAACAACAUAGAAUCUGUUUGUAUAUACUAUAAAUGUGUACUUUCAUAUAGAUAUCGAAUAUUAUACGCUUGUUAUUAAUUUUCAGGUGUAAUUGUUAAAGCAAAUCAUUUUGCGAUCUUUUGAUAAAAUUUUAUUAUUCAUGGGGCAAAAUGUUUCGUUACAAUUGGACAUUCCUUUGUACAUUUAAAAUUAUUCGCCUACUUUUCUACAAAUCGUUUGACAUGUUAGAACGUAAUUACACAAUUUCAUAACUUCAUUGUAAAAUCAUUUGUUGCAACUACGUAUCAUGUUGAUGCAUUUUCUGUCUGGUUUCUUGUUUGUCGUUCGUUGAUCGAAAACUUUUGUAAUAAGCCUAAUAAGUGUUAUAAUAAAUCCUAAGCUGAAUAUACCUUACCUUGAUUUUACAGUAACAUUUAAUAAUAAAUUUUAAAAGCACGCCUAAAUGCUUUUCCAAAUGUUAUAUAUUUAUUUUAUUUUCCAAUUAUUCGUUGAUAAUUCUUUAACAAGAUAAUACUGUCGAAAUGUGUUCUUUUAUUCGUUUAUAAGAUAUACGACGUAUGCAAAUGUAUGCCCGUAUGAAUAUACAUUGACAAUAAAAGAUAACAAAAGUAGCUGUACAAAUUUUUACAAGAUUAUCGAA